AAAUCGUCCAAAAUCCCAAAUUUCAUUUUCUAUUCGGAUCUUUCUCCAUUACCCAAGUUUCAAAAUCAAAUCUUGAUAAGAAAUCAAGAAAAAAAGAAGCCAAAUUUUGAAUCUUGGAUCAGUCUUUGAAGAUCAUAAUUACAAAUGGGGUCUACACCAGUAGAGGAUAUGAUAGAGGCUUCAUCAGGGGCACAUUUUUCUGGAUUUCACAUCGAUGGGAUGCACCCAAUAAAUUCACUAACGAAACAACUAGCAACUACAUUGAAUGAAAACGUGCACAAGCAGCCUUUUAUCAUUGGGGUUGCUGGAGGCGCAGCUUCAGGGAAAACAACGGUAUGUGAUAUGAUUAUCGAGCAGCUUCAUGAUCAGCGUGUUGUACUUGUAAACCAGGACUCCUUCUAUCAUAGUUUGACUCCUGAAGAACUUACAAGGGUUCAUGAGUACAACUUUGAUCAUCCCGACGCUUUUGAUAAUGAGAAGUUAUUACGAACUGUAGAGAUGUUGAAGCACGGAAAAGCAGUGGAUAUUCCAAAAUAUGACUUCCGGAGUUACAAAAACAGCGUAUCUCGAAGGGUAAAUCCUUCAGAUGUAAUAAUCUUGGAAGGCAUACUCAUUUUUCAUGAUCCUCGCAUACGUGAAAUAAUGAACAUGAAGAUCUUUGUUGAUACAGAUGCUGAUGUACGCCUGGCAAGGAGAAUAAGGCGUGAUACAGGCGAAAAGGGACGCGAUAUUGGUAUGGUACUUGAUCAGUAUUCAAAGUUCGUGAAGCCUGCUUUUGACGACUUUAUACUUCCAACAAAAAAGUAUGCUGACAUCAUCAUACCUCGUGGAGGAGACAAUCAUGUUGCUAUUGAUUUAAUUGUACAACAUAUUCGGACAAAGCUUGGUCAACAUGAUCUUUGUAAAAUAUAUCCUAACUUAUACGUUAUUCACUCAACUUUUCAGAUACGUGGCAUGCAUACACUUAUACGCGACGCGCAAACAACAAAACAUGACUUUGUAUUUUAUGCGGACCGAUUAAUCCGGUUGGUUGUGGAACAUGGUUUAGGACAUCUACCAUUUACAGAAAAGCAGGUGAUAACUCCAACCGGGUCGGUAUACACAGGGGUAGAUUUUUGUAAGAGAUUAUGCGGUGUUUCUGUUAUUCGGAGUGGUGAGAGCAUGGAAAAUGCACUGCGGGCAUGUUGCAAGGGUAUAAAGAUCGGAAAGAUUCUUAUUCAUAGAGAAGGCGAUAACGGCCAACAGUUAAUAUAUGAAAAAUUGCCACAAGACAUAUCUGAUAGGCAUGUUUUGUUGUUGGAUCCUAUACUCGGAACAGGUAAUUCAGCCGUUCAGGCUAUUUCAUUGCUUCUAAAGAAAGGGGUACCCGAGGCCAAUAUCAUAUUCUUGAAUCUAAUCUCUGCACCACAAGGAGUGCAUGUAGUGUGCAAACGGUUUCCGAGAAUAAAGAUUGUGACAUCAGAGAUAGAAACGGGGUUGAAUCAAGAGUUUCGUGUGCUUCCGGGGAUGGGAGAGUUUGGAGACCGAUAUUUUGGGACAGACGAUGAAUGAACAACUUUAGUCGUUUUGGGAUCGAGUGGUUGUUCGUGAAGUUGUGUUUCAGUUUUGAAAUGGUUUCGGUUUCGUUGAGACUUGUACCUUUGUGGACUCAGGUUAUAUGGGAUUCAAAUUCAAGCAGGCUAUAUGAUAUGUUACAUGGUAACAGUUUUAAGAGUUUUGACAUUA